AUGGCUAAGCGCGCUUUGCCGUAUAAAGAUGAUUUUUUGAAGUUUGGUUUUACUGAAAUCAAAGAUCGAUCGGGAUUAAAGAAUAAUCAAUAUUGGAGUAAUUGUGUUGGAAUAUUUUCGGAUGGUGCACCGGCAAUGCUUGGAAAUCGAAUAGGAUUUUGUAAGCGAGUUCAAGAAGUUAAUUCAAACGUUGUUAUAAUUCAUUGUUUUUUACAUCGAGAAAAUUUGGCAACCAGAGCAAUUCAGCCAGAACUUAAUUCAGUACUACAAGACGUAAUUCAAAUUGUCAAUUUUAUAAAAGCAAGAGCAUUAAAUUCAAGAAUAUUUCAUGCCAUGUGUGACGAGAUGGGAGCACAGUUUGUAAAUUUACUUUAUCACUCGGAUGUACGUUGGCUUUCCCGUGGAAAAAUUCUUAAGCGUGUUAUGUCUUUGCGUUUAGAAAUACAUAUUUUUCUAAAGGAAAAAAAACACUCAUUGGCUGAUAAAUUCAAUGACGAUUUGUGGGUUUCUAAAUUGGCUUUUUUAAGCGAUAUUUUUGGACGGUUAAAUGAGUUGAAUAUUGAGAUGCAGGGGAAGAAUAGAACUAUGGUCAAUAUUGGUGAAAAAAUAUCCUCAUUCAAACAAAAGCUAGAAAAGCUAUCUCGAGGAAAAAUUGCCACAUUUACUCUUUUAAGUGAAUUUCUUGAAGAUUCAACCAAAAUUACAUUGGAUGACAUAAAAUUACUGCUUCAAGAGUACUUGAACAAAUUACAGUUAGAACUCGAUCGAUAUAUACCAGAAAACGUAGAGCUCAGUAAAUACAGUUGGGUGAGAAAUCCGUUUGAAAUUUCUGUUCACCAAGUUGGUGAAGAUAUUUGCGGUUUCCAAAAGGAACUUCUUGACCUUCAAGCUGACCAAGUCGUAAAAGAAAAUUUUUCUCAAAAGUGCCUAACCCAAUUCUGGGCACAGCUUAAAGAUAAACCAAUUUUAAAAAGAGAAUCUGAAAAAGCAUUACUACCAUUCCCUACCACAUAUUUAUGUGAAGCCGGAUUUUCAACUUUAGUUGUCAUCAAAACAAAGUAUAGAAAUCGCCUUGAUCCUCAACACGAUAUGCGAUGUGCACUUUCAAUGAAUAUAAAUCCAAACAUUGAAGAACUUGUGGAAAGUGUUCAGCAUCAUUAA